AUGGCUUGUGUAGAGGUGGUGAAUUUAGAAAGAACACAAUAUAGUUUAGAUAAUUUUGACAUGGUAUUGGUUUUCAAAGAUUAUUCACAACCACCAAAACAUAUUAAUAGAAUUUCAAUGAAUCAAUUAGAAGACAUAAAGGAAUGGCUAUAUUCAAUGAAUAUUUUAUAUUAUGAAGGAACACCAGAUUUAAAUAUGGAUGAAAAGGAUGAUGAUUCGGAAACACAAUCAGAUUCAGUAAGUGAAUUUGAGCCAACUGAGAAUGAGGAGAAUUAUAAUGAAAGCAGUGAUUAUGAAGAAGAGGAGGAAGCUGUUAGUAUGAAAUCAGCAGGUCCAGGAGAAGCAAGUGAUGAAUCAACAUUAAACUGGGAUAAACUCAAAGAAAAGAUUUGUAAAGUUGAUAAGAAAAGACAAGAAAUUAAGCAUAAAAAUUCUAAUACCAGAUUUCUAUUUCUUAAAUUAUAUGAUGAAGAAGUAAAGAGAUUGUAUGAAGAACUGGAGGAAGAAGUGGUAGAGGAGGAGAAACAGAAAGGAUUGAUAAAUAAGUGGUUUAGAGAUUUUGCUAAAAACAUUUCAAUAAGAAGUGGCAUUACUAUCGAUACCUUUAGAGAUAUUAAAUUCUCUAGAAAUCCAUUUAAAAACCAAGUAUUAUUGCAACCAACCACCAAUUGCCUUGUCCACUUAAUCAAUUUAUCUUUCUUGGUGAUAACAAUGGCAGAUGUGGAAGUUGUAAAUUUGGAAAGAAUACAGUAUGGGUUAAAAAAUUUUGACAUGGUACUUAUUUUCAAAGAUUAUUCACAUCCACUAGUACACAUUAACACUAUUCCAAUGAGUCAACUAGAAGGUGUAAAGAGUUGGUUGGAUUCAAUAGGUAUUGUAUAUUAUGAAGGGACACUCAAUUUGAAUUGGACACAAAUAGUGCGAAACAUUAACAAAGAUCCAGCUGGUUUUUAUACAAAUGGAGGUUUGUCAUUUUUAGACAUGGAUGGGAAAGAUGAUGAUGACUUGGAAGUGUCAUCUGAUUCCGCAAGUGAAUUUAAGCUUACAGAGAGUGAAGAAGAAGAUUCUGAGGCAAAAGAAUCUGUUAGUGCAUCAGAAUUGGAGGAAGAAAGUGACGAAUCUGUUUUAAGUCAGGAUGAACUUAAAGAAAGGGCUCCUAAAGUUGAUAAGAAAAUACAAGACAUUAAGCGUAAAAAUUCUAAUGAUGUUCAUGGCAGUAGUUAUGCCUCACAUCUACUGCGAUCAGGAGGUCUCCAGGAAUUAGAAUCAAAAAAGUCCUAUCGUUUGACAAACAAUGAUCCUAUUAACUAUCGAUUCAACAAAUUUCUUGGAAAAGCUGCAGGGACAAUUUUUGCUCUGUCGUUAUUGAUCGCUGGUCAAGUUCAACACUUUGCAGCUACAAUUGCUGGCCAAGUAGUGCAAGCAAUGAUGGAAGAACUUAUAAGUUGGAAGAAUGUGAGACCAUGGACUCAAGAUGGAUUUAAUAGCAUGUUGGUGGCAAGUCAAGUGGCAUUGAGUAUUCAAUUGCCAUUUGCUGUUAUUCCAUUGAUUUAUUUUACUAGUAAAAAAAUUGAUAUUAGAAAAGUUGACACCAACUUCAAACAAUAA